GAAGGCCUGCGGAUAUCUGUACGCCCAAGUCGCCGGCCAUGAUCAUGGAUGCAUAUAAGUAUUUACUCAUGGCACACAGUCAUCAUUGGUCACACGGCCUCUGUGUCGCACAGCCACCAUUGAAUUGUGUCACUCGCUCGUAGUAAUGUCCUGCCUCAAAAGCCUCCCAGUCCAGUCUAUCCAAGCCACAACCUCCCCUGCACAUCGAAAUCGACUCAAAACAUGACCACUCCGUAUCCUGGCCAAAAAACCGCUGUCAAUGUUGUCUUGGGCGCCAUGACUUUCGGGGCACCGGGGACAUUGGCAGCGCGUGUCUCUGAUCUCAAAGAUAUUGAGGCCAUCAUCGAUGAAUUUCUCAGCCACGGCCAUCGCGAGAUAGACGCAGCGCGCAUGUACGGGGAUGGGACCAACGAACAGUACCUCGGGCAGAUCGAUUGGAAAAGCAAGGGGAUUAUGAUGGAGACAAAGCUGUACCCGGUCUCGCCGGAAACUAGCCACAUCGGCGAUCACUCGCCGGCCAGCAUCCGCAAGUUCUGUCAGAUGUCCCUCGACGCUCUCAAGACCGACACGAUCGAAAUGUGCUUUUACAAGGAGGGCAAGUUCAAGCGGUUCGGAAUCAGCAACUACAUGUCGUGGGAGGUGGCCGAGCUUUGCGGGAUCUGUGAGCGCAACGGCUGGAUCAAGCCGACUGUGUAUCAGGGGCUCUACAACGCGAUCCACCGGUCCGUUGAACCGGAGCUCUUCCCCUGUUUGCGUAAAUUCGGGAUUGCAUUUUACGGGUUCAACCCGGUGGGCGGGGGAUUCUUUACGGGCCGGUACUCCAACAUCACCGACGAAGCGGACGGCACCUCCCGCUUCCACACCGGGAAAGGUAUCAGCAAUCUCUACCGCAAGCGAUACUGGCAGCAAGCAUAUUUCGACGGACUGAAUAAAAUAUCCGCAGCCGCGGACAAACAUGGCCUGACGAUGAUUGAGGUGGCGUUGCGCUGGACCAUGCAUCAUUCUUUGAUGAAGCGCGAAUUCGGCGAUGCGGUCCUCAUCGGUGCAUCGAGCAUUGCCCACAUCAAACAGAAUCUGGACGAUUUCGAAAAGGGACCGCUGCCUGAAGAUGUGGUCGAUGCUUUGGACGAGGCUUGGGCUGGUGUCAAGGGAAUCGCAACCCCCUACUAUCAUUAGUGACUUUAUUCAGAUCUUCUUCCGUUUGUUCACCCAAAUCUCAAUACUGUCAAUCGCCCUCUGAACCAUUUUCGUGUCAAAUUAUGUCUGCCCCGUGCGGCUGGUCUGUCUUGCAUCUACAAACGCGUGUCAAAGUCAAUCCAGUCAAGCGCAGGCAGGCGUGCUGCGCUGCUAGCUAUCCCCACAAGCUGUGCACAUCAGCGAGCGCACGACACACGGGACGUAUGUCGGUCACGUUUGCGGCCCGGCUCAACACCUGUAUCUCGCAGCUAUAUUUGAG